UGUGACGUCAGCGUGACGGACCAGUCAACAACACAGAAGCUCAUCUGUUGGGAAGUCCGAGCACAAACUAAAAAGCGUAGCCAAGUCUAAAUACUUUUCUAUUGAGCUUCUUUUAGGUCAGCUGUCCAUAUGUGGAAGGAAACAGAACUUGUUGAUGUAGUUUUUUUGUCUACUCUAUAGCUAAUGGUAGUAGCGCGGCAAUCAUUUUGGUGACACAACACACUACGCUAAUAUUACUGGGUCCUUCCUGCACUGUGAAAUACAGCUAGGCGGUUUGCUGCUGCCAGGCUUUCCCAAGUAGCUAGCGUUUUCCUCGGCUAGCCCGCUAGCUAGAGAGAGGAGGGCACGAAAAUGGAGUUGGACGAUGGAGUUCUUUACCAGGACGACUCUGGUAGUUCAGCGAUGAUGUCCGAACGGGUGUCGGGAUUGGCGAGUUCUAUUUACCGGGAGUUUGAACGUUUGAUCAGUCAAUAUGACGAGGACGUUGUGAAAGAACUCAUGCCGCUCGUCGUGGCGGUUUUGGAGAACUUGGACGCGGUGUUCGCGGAGAACCAGGAGCACGAAGUCGAGUUGGAGCUCCUUAAAGAAGACAACGAACAACUUGUUACCCAGUAUGAACGGGAGAAAUCCCUGAGGAAGUCUGCAGAAGAGAGAUACAUCGUUUUUGAGGACAGUCAGGAGACCGAGAAGAAGGACCUUCAGAAUCGACUUGUCCUGAUGGAGUCACAUGCACGUCAAAUAGAGCUCAAGACCAGGAACUACUCAGACCAGAUCGGCAGAUUGGAAGAACGAGAAGCUGAGCUGAAGAAAGAAUACAAUGCCCUCCAUCAGAGACACACAGAGAUGAUCCACAGCUACAUGGAGCACUUGGAACGUACCAAACACCAGCAGCACACAGGGGUGCUGGAAGCGCCCUCAGACACAAGCACAAACAGAUUACGGAAGGAGCGUCCAAUCUCCAUGGGAUUGUUCUCGUUACCGGGAACUGAUUUGACCCCUGACCCGCUGCAAGACCCCACGGAAACGCCGUCUGAACCAUGGAAGCAUAACGACCUGAAUCACCCGCGCUCCAACACCAGCCUUAAGUUGGGGACCCCAGAUUCCCUGAGCAGAGGACAGGUGCUUUUGGCCAGUCAGCAGGCUGAACAGAACCAGGAUGAGAUGUCAAAUGUUAGCCAUGGAGACUCCAGUUCCCACAAGACCAUGUCCCCUAAAGGGGCCUCCAAGGCAGGAACCCCAUUUGGGUUUCAGGCUCAAGGAGGUUCCAGAACAUCCUCUCAGCUGGCUGGCUCCAAAUCAGGCGCCCCUAUGUCUUCUCAAGGUGGGGAGUCAAAGCCCAUUACCCCCAUGUCCAUGCAAAGUGGCGGUCACCAAUCUGUCUCCCCAGUGUCCUGUCAGGGAGCUGGCUCUAGUUUGGCCACUCCCAUCUCUUCCGAAGGCAGUGGACUGAUGUCGGCCAUGUCUACUUCUACGUCUGACGUUACCAUGGCGUCCGUGGGCACACCUCUCACUGAGAAUUUGGAUGACGUGGGCUCGAGUCUGAACAGGAACCUGGACCGAAACGACAGGAAGCAGAAUUCCAGUAAGAACGCCACGCUACAGGAGAAGGAGGAAGAAAGGGACUCAAAACUGAGAGGAGACGCUGCCGAUAAGGACACCGGGCCGUCGGAGGUGCAGGCCAUCAUAGAGUCCACUCCGGAGCUGGACAUGGACCUUAGUGGCCACAGAGACGCCAGUACUCCUACCAAAGGCGAAGGCAUCGAAAACCUGGCUUUCGACAGGAACACGGAGUCUCUGUUUGCGGAGCUGUCCUCGGCAGGGCCCGACAUGGAAGUAGACAUAGCAGACAUGGACGAGGGUGCUGACCUGCUGGGUAUGGGUCGUGAAGUGGAGCAUCUAAUCCAAGAAAACACUCAACUGCUGGAAACCAAAAAUGCAUUGAAUGUGGUGAAGAACGACCUAAUAGCGCAGGUGGAUGAACUGUCCUGUGAGAAGGAGGCCCUAAAGGGAGAGCUGGAGGCAGUAACGCAGGCCAAGACCAGACUGGAGGAGAGGAACAAGGAGCUGGAGGAGGAGCUCAAGAGGGUUCGGGCUGAGGCUGAGGAGGCCAAAACGAACACCAAGACUGAGAACAAUGAGGAAGAAGCAGAUGUUCCCACAGCCCAGAGGAAGAGGUUCACCAGAGUCGAGAUGGCCAGAGUGCUGAUGGAGAGGAACCAGUACAAGGAGAGACUGAUGGAGCUACAGGAGGCUGUUAGGUGGACAGAGAUGAUACGAGCGUCCAGAGAGAGCCCAGCUGCUGCAGACAAGAAGAAAUCCAGCAUCUGGCAGUUUGUUUUCAGCCGGCUGUUCAGCUCGAGUGGCGGCGCGGCCAAGAAGCCAUCGGAGGCUGCCCCGGUGAAUGUGAAGUACAACGCCCCCUCCUCCCAGGUCCAGCCCACCGUGAAGAAGAGGAGUGCAGCGCUGCAGCAGUUGCCCAGUGACAAGAGCAAGGCCUUCGACUUCCUCAACGAGGAGUCGGAGGCGGGCAGCAUGGUGUCUCGUAGGGAGCAGAAGAGAGCCCAGUACAGGCAGGUGAAGGCCCACGUUCAGAAGGAGGAGGACGGCAGGGUGCAGGCCUACGGGUGGAGCCUGCCACAGAAGUUCAAGGUGGCCAACGGAGGUCAGACGUCCGAGAACAAGAUGAAGAAUCUCCCCGUACCCGUCUACCUUCGCCCGCUGGACGAGAAAGAUGCUGCCAUGAAGCUGUGGUGUGCCGCCGGCGUGAACCUGUCUGGGGGAAAGACCCGUGACGGGGGGUCCAUAGUGGGAGCCAGCGUGUUCUACAGCGACCUGAGCAGCCCUGGACCUGAGAGUCCUCGCAGGAAGACGGGAUCACAGAGCAGUCUGGACAAACUAGACCUGGACCUGAAGGAGCAGGAAAAGGAGCUCCGUCAUCAUGAGGAGCUGUCUUCUCUGGUCUGGAUCUGUACCAGUACUCAGUCCACCACAAAGGUCAUCGUCAUCGAUGCCAACCAGCCUGGGAACAUCCUGGAGAACUUCUUUGUCUGUAACUCCCACGUCCUGUGCAUCGCCAGUGUGCCAGGUGCCAGGGAGACAGACUACCCAGCAGGGGAGGAGGUUCCCCAUGGCCUCGAGACCUCGGGGCCUGAGAGUGGACCCCAGGAAGCCAGCUCAACCCGUAGCGGCUCUGGGGGCGAAGCGGGAGUGCUGGCAGGAAUCAAUGUGGUUGGCUGCUCUACCGAGGGAGCUGUGGCCACGCCCCAGACAGCAGGCGCCGAGAACGAGACGGAUUCAGACUCCAAGGCAGCGGAGGAGGCCACGGAGGCCACGGAGGCCAGCGCCGGUCCAGCAGGCCCAGAGCAUGACAGGACUCAGAGGGGAGUUUACACUGAGCAUGUCUUCACGGACCCCCUGGGCGCUCAGAACACCGGUCCGGCAGACACUCCAGCCAACUACACACAGAGAGAGUGCGAUCUUGUGAAGGAUGGCGUCAGCUCCAACCCUAACCCAGAGGAACAGGACCUGAUGAGAGAGGAAGCCCAGAAGAUGAGCAGUGUGUUGCCUACCAUGUGGCUGGGGGCACAGAACGGAUGUGUGUACGUGCACUCGUCCGUGGCUCAGUGGAGGAAGUGCCUCCACUCGAUCAAGCUGAAGGACUCCAUCCUGGGCAUCGUCCAUGUGAAAGGGAGGGUCCUGGUGGCUCUGGCUGACGGAACGCUGGCCAUCUUCCACAGAGGAGUUGACGGCCAGUGGGAUCUGACCAACUACCACCUGUUAGACCUGGGCCGACCCCACCACUCCAUCCGCUGCAUGACCGUGGUCCAUGACAAGGUCUGGUGUGGCUACAGGAACAAGAUCUAUGUGGUCCAGCCCAAAGCCAUGAAGAUCGAGAAAUCGUUUGACGCUCACCCCCGUAAAGAGAGCCAGGUGAGACAGCUGGCCUGGGACGGCGAUGGGAUCUGGGUGUCCAUCCGAUUGGACUCCACCCUGAGACUGUUCCACGCCCACACACACCAGCACCUCCAGGAUGUGGACAUAGAGCCCUACGUCAGCAAGAUGCUGGGUACGGGGAAGCUGGGCUUCUCGUUUGUCAGGAUCACAGCUCUUAUGGUGUCCUGUAACCGGCUCUGGGUCGGCACAGGCAACGGAGUCAUCAUCUCUAUACCUCUCACUGACAGCAAGGUCAGUAAGGUAACGGCGGGGCCUGGGAAACCAGGUGGAGUCAUCCGUGUCUACAGCGAUGAGAACAGUGACAAGGUUACCGCUGGGACCUCUGUACCAUUUUGCUCCAUGGCUCAUGCUCAGCUCUGUUUCCAUGGUCACCGGGAUGCUGUCAAGUUUUUCACCGCGGUCCCAGGUCAGGUGAUUUCAUCAGGUUCAGGUGGAGGAGCAGAGGUUGGGGGUGAGAAGGGGGCAGGGGAACACCCUCAACAGCUGCUACAGAAGUCUGUCCUGGUGAUGAGUGGAGGAGAGGGCUACAUAGACUUCAGGAUGGGUGACGAGGCUGGGGAGAGUGAAGAGCCACUAGAUGAGCCCACUCUGAAGCUCCAGCCAUUCCUGGCCAAAGCUGAGAGAAGUCACCUGAUUGUCUGGCAGGUCAUGGAUAGUCAGGACUGAACUUUAACUCCUGACUUCUAAUCUCUAACCUUGCCACAAAGAAGAGUGAGAUGGACCUGCUUGUAGCAGGAACAACAUGUCCAAUCAGAUUCACCCUUCUGCAUGUUUAUUUUAAAAGAAUCCUCAAAUGUUGUUUGUCUGUUUUUGUUUUACAGUUAUUUCAUUUUACUGAUUGGAUUUUAAAUCCAAUACAUCCUGUUGCUCUUCUAUCAUCAUCAUUAUUAUUAUUCCAUUGAUUAUUAUUAUUACUAGAAUUACUAUUAUGGAAAACAUUUAUGUUUAUUUAAUUUUCUUAGGUAUUGUUUAGCCCAUUUUCCAUUGGUUUUCCAUUGGAUGUGUUGUGGAAUUCUGGCCGUGUACUGUGUAGGGAUUGGUGGUAUCAAUGUCUUUGGCCUCCUCUUUGCUUUGUUUCAAUAAAGGGCAGGAUGGGCAGGGGGGAGAACUGUACAAGACACUUGCACACAUGAGAAUAAGAACACUUUAUUGGUUAUUCUGUGUUUGAACUGAAAAACCAAAUCAAUCUCAUGAUGUCCCAAAUCGUCCAGUAAGAAAGCAUGGAUUACAGAACAAUCCAGAACAUGCCUCUUGAUUGUAUGCAAGACAGUUAAUCAGUUUUCUGAGUUUUCUGGACCUGGAUGUUGUCUUCUGUGACUGGGCUUCUUAUGAGGCAAAGCUAACAGAUCACAGGAUAAUCAUGCCUAGAGCUACAGUGGCAGAUCAUCUUCCCUGGGGUAAUUUCUGACAUGUUUGCAAUGAUUGAAAUAGGAAGUAGAGAUGGAUGUGUAGAUUAGUCGUUAUUACCUCACUGAAGGCAGGGAGGAAGGCAGCUUUGCAAUUUAAGGUUUGGAAUAGGACCACUCCAAAGUUUAAACGGCGCCUCUGUCCUUAAGGUUUAAACGGCGCCUCUGUCCUUAAGGUUUAAACGGCGCCUCUGUCCUUAAGGUUUAAACGGGGGCCUCUGUCCUUAAGGUUUAAACGGGGGCCUCUGUCCUUAAGGUUUAAACGGGGGCCUCUGUCCUUAAGGUUUAAACGGGGGCCUCUGUCCUUAAGGUUUAAACGGGGGCCUCUGUUCUUAAGGUUUAAACGGGGGCCUCUGUCCUUAAGGUUUAAACGGGGGCCUCUGUCCUUAAGGUUUAAACAGGGGCCUCUGUCCUUAAGGUUUAAACUGGGCCUGUCUUUUGUUUCCGGGUGGCUGCUAUCCUGUCUUCCUUCUCUUCCACCAGCUACAGCUUGCGGACUCUUUACUAAAUGAAUGGCUGCCUUAGUUUUGAAAGUAAAAAUUGUUUAAAUGGAACUACAUUAUGGACCUUUUGAAGUGUAGCAGAGUAUUUAUUCUUAUGUGAAAGAAUGUUACAGAACCAGUUACCAAAGGAAUAAUAACUUAAAUUAAUCAAAAUAAAAAUGUGCUGCCUUGUAGCAGCAUGUUCAGACCCAUUUCUCUGUAGAUACAGUCACAUUUUGCCAGAUAGUCUUUGUUAUAUGGCCGUGUACAGAUAGAGUAUUUUUUAGCUGUCUUCUCUAAAAUGAACUAAGAUCAUUCUCUUAGAGCCAAGAUGUGAGAGUGUACAAUAGCCAGCUUCCCUGCUGGUUGAAUCUCUCUUACCCUGGUGAAUGUUACCCAUAGGCACAGAUCUAGAAACGUUUUACACUAUUGCGAAUUCCGUUGUGCACCAUUAGUGGCCACAUCUUCCUUCUACAUUUUGUACACUAGGGGGCGAGGUGGCUGUGAACUCUGACCAGACAGGAUCCCUCCUGAUAGGAGACUUUUAAGCCUAUUUGUACUAUUCACUUUUUGUAUGUUUGUCUUUUAGGCUAAUCUCUGUGGUUGGGUCUUAAAUGACACGUUGUUGAUUCCCCAUCUCGUACACUAUUUUUGGCUGGGAUGGUUGAAAGAGGUGUACUAAAGAAGGAAGGUUUCAUUUGAACCUGUGUCUUUUGACUAAAUACCAGCAGGAUGUGCUGAUGUGUGUUAUUCUGGUGUGUGUGUGUGUGUGUGUGUCUGUGUGUCUGUGUGUGUAUCUUAAGGAGAUGAGACACCUCAUAUCAUAGUCUAGCCAUUUCAGUAUUUAUUUCUAUGAAAGAGCUUUUGCAGUUCAGAAUGUAACUUUGUACAAUACGAAUGAGAAAAUAUAUAUAUGAAUAUAAAUAUGUAUAUGAAACAUUGAAAUGGCUUGGGUUUAUUGUUCUGACAAUGAAUGUUAUUAAAAUCAUUGGAAUGGUCAAUACAUGAGUGGUUUAAUUGAAGAGAGAAUAUCUACUGAGCUAUGCACUAUCCGUGGGGAGAAGCUGAGUGCUCUGGAUUGAAGUUAUCCUUAGGCACAGAUCUAGGGCCAGUUAUUUACACAGAAUCCUGAAUUACUCCUGGGGUGAAAUGUGUAAAACUGAUCUUAUAUCAGGGCCACCUUCUGACUUGUCUUUCUAUGAUUACUGUUCUCCCUGGUAACUGUGCAGGCAUCGUCCAUGUACUGCUACAGCGUAUUCAUCUAAUUCUUUUAACAAUCAAUUAAAUUGACUUGUGUGGGAAAACAA